AUGCGGCGCGCGGCGCGCCGCACGGAACGCGCAGAGUUGACCCGCGCACGGCGCGUGACGUACGGCGCCGAGCGCACGCGCGCCGACCCCCUGGACACUGUCGACAUGUUCGACACCUGGCACGGCCAGUGGGUUACCUGCCCUAGCAUGCUGACCCGGCGGGCUGGCUGCGCAGCCGCGGUGCUCCCUGACGGUCGCCUGCUGGUGACCGGCGGCUACGAUCAGCAGGGCAUCGUGGAGGGCCUGCUGUGCAGCUGCGAGGUGUUCGACCCCGCGUCGCAGGUCUGGAGCAAGAGCCCCGCCAGCCUGCAGCGUGCGCGCUGGGGCCACGGCUGCGCCGUCCUAG